UACUAAUUGCUAAUCACAGAGGCUGCCAGGGUAAAAUUAGAAAGGGAGUGUGUUGUGGAAUGCCACCGACCCCUGCUGAGUGCUGCAGGCGGUGUCCAUUCGGUGUCGUGCAGAGGGUGGGCGUCCCCCAGCACGUGACCCCAGAGGAGGGAGAGCAGCGCUUUGUCCUGGAUGUGUGAGAAGCAGAAAUCUCUCAGGAUCUCUGAUCAUGCUGCAUCUCCUUGCACCCAGCCCCGUCCCAGCAGUGAGUGCCUGAGCCCGGCGUUGUGAUGCUCCGUGCUGCUGCCUGCAGCUGAUGCUUUGUGUUCAGCGGUGGGAUGGGGAAACUGCAGAGUAAGAUCAGCUUGCACACGGCCACGUACAGGGCUGAUGGCUCCAUGGGAAGGCCAGGACGUGGUGGGGUGGUGGAGCUGCACAGCCCUGCACACAGCGAUGCAGUCACCUGCGUGGCUGCUGUCAGACCAGAGCUCUGCGUGUCAGGAGGAAAGGAUAAGAGUGUGGCUGUCUGUAACUGGAGGUCUGGAGCUGUGCUGGGGCGCUUCGUCAGCCAUGAGCACGAGGUCACCAAGGUCACCUGCACCCACGAUUCCAACAGAGUCUUCAGUGCAUCCCGGGACAGAACAGUAAUGAUGUGGGAGCUCCAUGGGACCUCGGGGCCAAGGCAGUGCUUCCCAGGACAUGAGCUGGUGGUUACCGGACUGGCUGUGAGCCCAGAUGCAUCUCGGCUGUGCACAGGUUCACGAGACAACACCGUUCGCAAAUGGGACGUGGAGACCGGAGAGUGUCUGUGCAGAGCUGCUCUCUCCAGGAACCUGGUGACACACCUGUGCUGGGUCCCUGGGGAGCCCUACGUCAUCCAGACAUCAGAGGAUAAAACCAUCAGGAUGUGGGACAGCCGGGAGCUGCAGGUGGCACACACGUUCCCAGGCAAGCAGCACAUCCAGACGAGCUGUGAUGUGAGCCAGGACGGGCGAUACUGUGUCAGCAGCAGCAGCGGAUUUGCUGGGGAGGGCUGCGAAGCAACGCUGUGGGACCUACGGCAGACCAGGAGCCGAGUGUGUGAAUACAGAGGGCAUCUGCAGACCACAGCCUCAUGUGUGUUCCUCCCACGGGGUCCUGCUCUCACCCCCAGCAUUGCCACAUCCUCAUACGACAGCAAAGUGAAAGUCUGGGACCGGGACACUGCAGCCUGCCUGGCCACUGCAUGCCUCGAGGGAGCCGGACCGCUGGCCUCGCUGGCUGCCUGCGACAGCUCCACGCUGCUCUGCGCCAGCUUUCGCUCAGGGAUCCACGUGCUGCAGCUGAGGCACCGUGAGGAGCUGGAGCUGGAGAAGGUGGCAGUAUUUUGACCGUAGCAUCCUUCCCAGCAGAGAUUGUCCGUGGGGAUCUGAUCCUCAAAUCCUUCCACUGACAGCAGGCACCAGGUGACCCCUGCAGAGCAGUGACACAGCUGAGCCACGGUGCACAGGGCAUGUAUUGCUUAUUGUUUGCUUGUGGCUGAUGGGAAGCCAUUAGAGCUGGCUAGAAGAAAAGCUGAAACAGUGAUAUGUUCAGGCCAAAUUCUCACUCCUGACAGUGUUGUGGCUUUAGUCACAAAAUCUCCACACAAGCUGGCUGUAAAGGGAGCCAAUGGAGGAGAAAUGAGCUACGAGAAAGCACGUGCCAUCUCUGUGCUAUUUCUCAGGUCAGAGCACACCUCCUGCACCAAGAAAACUGCUUUUACUGUGAAAAGGAAUAACCAAGCCGUGACUUCACUGCUGUGAGAGGAAACCAGGGAUCAAUGUCUCUGCCUGGAUCAGAUUUAAAUCAGCAUUGCUAGGUCAGCUCACAGCACAGUGCCUCCAGAGAACUCCAGGGAACGAACAAUGUAUAUUUACCUGCUGUGACACAACUGGCUCCCAGUUCUGCAGCAGGUGGCUCAUGUCUGGCCAGUGUGGUCCCAAGCAGCAGCUCUGCAGCAUGCCUGGGCAUCAGGCAGGGAAUGCUCAGCCUCCUCUCCUUGCUCCAGUUCUUCAUCCUGCUGAAUGGGGCUGAGCGAGUGUAAAUGCAGCUCACUGGUGUCCAACACUUCAUCCUAAGCCAGCUAGAAGUAUGCUGCUGUGCCAGGUGGGAGCAGGACAAGUGCUGGGUAAGGAUUGUCCCACGGUUGGCAGCCUGCUGAGAAACACCCCAGGAAUUUGUUCCUUAUGGGCAGGGAGAUCCCUGUCUGUGCAGCUGGCAGCAUAUAAACGCUUCAAAUGAUACCUGAGAAGGGGCAUGAGCACACAUAGCUGGAUAUUGAGGCUUAUCGAGAGAACACAGCAAUUAAAUAUGGUUUUUGUGCUAUUUCCUGGC